GUUUUGACUUUCUGCGUAGGCCACAAGGAAGACAAUCGUUCCUUCUGUAAAGCAUGGCUACAAAGUAUGUUCCAAACACUGCCAGGGCAAGCGUUUCGACCCCUCACCGUGGACAAAUUUCCUCUGGUAUAAAUCGCAAUUCCAAAUUGCGACCUACACAUUUCAUAUCCUUGCCCAUCGGCCACCACGUGCACUUGCAGGAAUCAGUGAAGUCGUUCACGGAUGGUUUGCUCAAUAGUAAGCCUGCGCUCCCUGGUGUCGAUAGAGGUAUUGUUAUCGCACCCCGUCGCCUUCAUUUGACACUAGGAGUCAUGACUCUCGAGGAUACACCAGUUUCCUCUGGGAACACUUUAGCAAAUGCACAGGCAUUGUUAUGGUCAUUGAGAUCUCGCGUCAUGGAGUUAUUAGACGGUCACAGUCUCUGCAUUCCUCUUACGGAGAUGAACAUCAUGAAACCCGAUCGUGGUGAUGCAGAAAACGCCCAUGUACUCUGGUUGGGUCCUUCAAUGGAUACAAAGGACGCGCAGCGCCUCAAAACCGUGAGCGAGUUUGUGAACAAAGCGUUUAGGGACGCAGGUUUUAUUCAAGAUCGUCGUCCUCUUAAGCUGCAUUGCACAAUUCUCAACACUUCGCAUCGCAAACCGCGUCGACAGCCGUUCUCCUACAACGCAGUCCUUGCGUCACCGGUCAUGUGUGAGGUUAUUCGUACACCGCUCGGAGCACAUGAUUUUCGGAACCCCGUGAAAGUGGAGUUUGGCACUUGGAGCGUUGAUGAAAUACAGAUAUGCAAGAUGGGAAGUUAUGGACCUGAAGGCGAAUACGUGAGUUGCGGGUGCUGUUCGGUGGUGUCAUAAGUGUGUCGGUGUAUGACACAUGCCAUGAUAUAUGCCAUAUUCUACUCACAGCCCUUGUUGGAAGCUUGGAAGAGCUUGGAUUAUGUCGCUACGGUAUGAUAGGUAGUCUAAGUAUUAGUAAUUAUGCUGUGACUACA